AUUCGUUCCACUUCCAUCCGAAGAUUGUGAUUUCUUUGACGUAGUGUUAUGACUGUGCCUCAUCGUUUCUGUGACGAAAAAGUCACUGGAACAGUGUGAAACGGAUUCGAAAACAUUCUUCAGUUUUGAAAAUAGUGAUAGUGUUGUCCCUCUAGAGUGUGCUUUGUCGGGCAUAUUCGCGUACAUUUUCUCACACGACGUAGUUAUCAUUACUUUUACAAUUUGCACCUACAACUUAGACUUUCAUCAGUAGAUUCUGAAACUCUGUACACAACUUGUUAGACUUUCAUUCAGUACUCAACUCUGAGUGAGCGAGAUUUUGAAAAGCAAAGAAAGUUGCUUCCGAAGCUGUCGACCGAGCCAAGAACUACAAGAACACCCAGCGGCGUGUCCAGGGAAAUGUACCCGAGUGCGACGGGCAACCCGUACUACGGGGGAACUGCGCCUCCGGCCACGAGCGCGUUUCCCUAUCAGACGGAUCCGAAUGCGAACCCGCCCGCGAUGAACCCGGCGAUGAAUCAGAUCCCGACGCUACGAGACAGAGAUGUAGGUAGCAUAAGUAGCAUAUCGUUCAACUUGUGGUGCAAAAACAAGUAGAUGAUCACAAUCCUUGUCAUGGAUGGGCCCAGCAAAGCCCAGCGGCAGCGUUCUGCUGUGCAUGUCUAUGCAAGGGAGUUUUGUUUUCAUUUGUCUUGUUGUGUUUUGCACCAGCACAAAUACGCGAGGAUCAUGCUACCUUCUUUUCUUUUUGAUAGCCGCCGCAGCACCAGCAGAUGUACCAGCAGGGCAUGCAGCCGCCGUACGGCGCGCAACAGCCGUUUCCGAUGCAGCAACAGCCAUGCAUGCAACCGCAGAUGAUGAACAACAACAUGGUGCCACAGCACCAGGGCGUGCAGCAACACCAGGCACAGCAGCAGCAGCAGCCUUUGCCGAUGACCAUGCACAUCAACGUCGGGGGUCAACAGCAAAUGCCGCAGCCGCAGGUUAACGUGGUGCACCAGCAGCACCGCGGGAGUAGCGGUAUCGUGACCACCGAAGAUCCGCAGAAGGCCUGCCGGGCGUACCAGGCACGCGUGCGGGCCUUUAAGGACAUGGUGGAUCUGAUGAACCUGCGGAUCCGCUACGCCAAGGAACGCGGGCAGUGCUCCGCGCGGAUCCAGCCGGAGUCGGACCUGCAGAGCUACCGGAACCUGUGCGGCGAGCUGGAGCUGGAAGACCACGAGAUCGAGGCCUUUGUGCAAAACCGCGAAAAGUGCAAGCGCGACGUGGUGGCGUACUUUUUGCGCCACGGCUACGAGGUCACGGAAAAGCAGAUCGGACCGCCCAACCGCUUCCUCUGGACCGUCGACGCCAGCUGGGGAGCCCCGAAGAAGUGCUGCUUUUGCGACUAGGGGAUCGGAGAUGUUAGUGUGGCUUUUGGAGACUGAAGAUUUUCUGUUUCACUUACUCGCCAGAAUCACGUCUCAGUAAGUCCGGUUCCUUGCCGUAAGUAGUACACCUCGAACUUAUCCUUUGACGACAUUUUUGUGCUGUGCCUCUUGCUGUAAUAAGCUGAAACCUCUCUACUUCGACUUCUGCUUCUCCAAGUUUAUCAUCUGAUUAUACAAAGAACCGCAUGCUUUGCAACCAUUACCUCUAGUUCCCAAGAGCAGUCAUUGUAUUUUUGGAUCGUCGUCAAUGUCGCAAAGCGCUGCGUUUUGUGCAGUUUUUGUUGUAGACCUCAAUACACAAAUAUGACCAGUAGCCGCUUCGCCUGUUGUCGGCUCUUUCCGCCACUAAAUUUCUUUCUCUUUGCAGAACCAGUCUCAGAACCGAAUUCCACAGAAAGAUGGAAAAUUUUGACUCAGCCGCGUAGCACUUUCUUCACUUGUUCAUAUCUGCCAU